AUGGAGCAGUUUGACGCAGAAGUAGACGCCAUUGAAAAUGGUGUUAUCUGUGUGCUUGGCAUCCUCUUGUAUAUCGCUAUCAUUCAUCAGCGCUGGCGUCACCUCAAGACCAAGCCUAGCGGGGAGAAGUGGUACUGCCACAUCUCUCUCGUCCUCUUGUCCAUUUUCGUCAUUGGUAGCAUACUAUGCUCAUCGUGGUUUGGUAUCGCAUGCAGCCGCGACUCGCCGGCGCGCGUUCCCAGCGUCAUCUGGAAAGCAAUAAUGGUCUUGUGUCUCAUUGUCUCCAAGCUGCAUGUCUUCAAUCAAGCUCUACGUCCACAGACGCUCAUCGCGUACUAUGCCUGCAUAUUAAUUUUGCCAGUAGUCUGGGUCGGGGUCAGUGUCUGGCAAAAGCGGUAUGCUGCGCUAUGGGCCUUUUCGGGCUGGAUUUACUUGACUUGUGCGGCUGCUUUUUUCAUGCAAUCGAUCCGAACAUGCAAGCAGCCUUGGAGUCGACGUUGCUGUCUUAUGCUUGGUCUGAUGAAUGCGCUCGCUGGGACGUUGACUGCUGCGCUAGGCAUAUUUUCGGUUCUGAAUGUGACGGUGACGCCUCCAUUUUAUUUCCACGAGCAAUGUUUCAUUCUCCUUCUUGAACUGGCGCUUACGGUUGUGUAUGCUGAGAAACAAUUGAGGGCCGCCAAGGCGGAGGGAAUCAAGCUCCAAGAGCAAAUCAGGCAAGGUGUACACAAUCAAGCCAAGGUUCGCCAACCAAAUGAGCUCAGCGGGACAGAUCUCCCGUCUCUCCCGGCGCGUGAGCGCUACGAAAUUGUGUCAGAUUUUACCGAGACUGGCUUUGCGAACAUCAUCUCAAGAGAUAUCAAGCUCUCAGCCUGCAUCUCGAGGGAGACCUUGAGAACUGAAUCGUCGCUCUCCAUUGGCGGAGCCCCAAUUUAG